AUGGCCAGUCACCGGCCUACUACAAAUAACAAUGAACUAAUUCCAGAUUUGGACGCUGCAGAAGCAGAACGAAGGCGCAAACAACGUGAUCUGAAGCGAAAGUCCCGUGAACGGAAAAAGCGAAAUAUCUUGGAACUACAGACAACUGCCCAGGCACUUGAACUCGAGUACAAACAACUUUUUUCUGCUAAAUUGAUGCGAGAAGAGCAAGAUAAACAACAACAAGAACAGAGUGGGGGGAACGUUACGGUGAAAGUCGAAUCCAAUACAGCAGAGAUUGAACAAUCUCGACUUGUGGAACUGCAGAAGAAAUACGCGGAUGUGCGACAGGAGAUGCAUGAACUGCGAGAACAGAUGACGGGUUUCAAACAAAAGCUUGAAGAGUACGAACGGUUUAUUGCAAUGCUGGAUGGUCAUCUGAUGGGCCUUGAGGAUACACAGACACAGCAGGAGGAACCAACCAAUUGA